CUAACUUUAGAAUCGUACGUAAUAUCAGAUGUUUAGAACGGCAGUGAGAUUUGUGCAUCAGAAAUGGCAUCGUCCACGGUGGCGACUGCCACAAUACGUGCUGUGAAAGGAAGAAAGAUUCUUCCAACUCGCGCUGCGCUUGUUCUGACACCCAAUGCUGUUAAUAAGAUCAAAGAAAUUUUGAAAGAUAAGACUGAAUACAUUGGACUUAAGGUCGGAGUACGGCAACGGGGAUGCAAUGGUUUAAGUUAUACUAUGAAUUAUGCGAAAGAAAAAUCCAAACUUGACGAAGAAGUAAUUCAAGAUGGUGUUCGUAUAUUUAUCGAUAGAAAGGCGCAGUUGUCUCUUCUUGGAACAGAAAUGGAUUAUGUUGAGAACAAAUUAAGUUCUGAAUUUGUAUUCAAUAAUCCAAAUAUUAAAGGGACAUGUGGUUGUGGUGAAAGCUUUUCAGUAUAGUGAAAUUAUUGUGAAAUUUACUACUAGUUGAUAUGUAAUUAUAAUCUAUUUAGUUAAAUAAUUAUGAAUUUUAAAAUACUUCAUAAUAUAUGACCACUGUUAUAAUUCCAAUGUCUUUUAUUAAAAGACAAAGUUUUGACAAUGCCAACAGGAAUAUGUAACAAAA